UCACAGGGUGUCAUGUCGGUGACGUUCCUCCAAAUCCCACACUAACCCAGCCUUCUCCCUCAAGUGUAAACUUUUAAAUUCAGGCGUGUAAAUACCGGGGGGUGUGAGUGCAGAGAGAAGGGCUUUGUGUUUACACAAAGAGGCAGCUCCUCACACUCCACACGGACAUGCAUGUCUUUCUCCGUGUGUGUGUGACUGAACGUGCUUGCCUUUAUUUGCAGGUGGGAAUGGACCACAUCCUGUAGUUUGGCCCUGGGUGUGUGAGACCGCUUCUACACACUGACGCUGUAUAGCACAAGACCAGCCAGGGUUGCAGUUUUAAAUUUUUCGAUCUGCUGUAUCAUGAGACUGAUUUUACUAGGAUUGGAAAUGCAGUCUUUACCUGUAACUUACAACACAAAGAUUUUGGUCAUUAGAGGAACUGAACUGUGAUCAUGCCUUCUUGGUUGGUUUGCCAUUUACUACAGUAUAUACUGAAUUAAACUUUUGUUUGUGUGAAACAUUGGUAACUUUCUCUGGACGAGAGCGUCUGCCAACUGCUGGGAACGUAAAUGUCGAAUUUAAGGGUCUCCACACAACUAAGUAAUCGAGUAAAGGAGGAAAGAAAACAACUUCACAUCAAAGGAACCAGAUACAGUACUGAUGUGACCUGAACCCGGGUUAAACAUUGUUAAGCUGGAGUUGCUACAGGCAUGGGUCAGAGGAACUUGUAAAGGCCAAAUUGUCUGUGUUGUCAUUUUUCACUUUAUCCGAGUGUUUGUUCUCCUGCGUAUCAAGACACGUUGACUCUGGGUUGGAUUUUACCCUGAGUGUGAUGUUAAUUACCCUGAACUCUUUCCACAGAUAAGAGAGCUGGAAACCCAAGCUCUGAUGUGUUUGACUGUGCAGCACAAACAUGGGCUCACACCGUGUUGCCGGCGAGCGCGUCUCUCUCUCUCUCUCUCAGCCAUGCGUUGGACUCCAGUCUCGCCCCCGUCUAGUAGGGUCUGAACAUCGCGCUGGAAAUAGACGCAGCCUAUUAAUAGCGCCUGUGUGUGAACCUGGCGCAAUUCUACCCAGAGCUGAUAAAUCCGUCCCACUUGACCGGUCCAGGCCUUGAAGUGCUGAUCUGAAAACAGGAAAUGACUCGGCACCAGUUUGUAAUCGCUGAGCUAAACAUACGUUUCCUGCUCCACUCGUUUUCAUACUCUCUCCAUCUCUGCCCCUCUCCUUCCCUGUUUGUAUCUCUCUCUCUGUGCGGUCUCGCCUCGCCUGGAGUGUGUCGACGAAGUGUCGGCUGUGUGUGCUCAUGUUUGCGGAUCGCUUCAUUUAAACAGGUAAGCAGUCCCCCUCUCUAGUGUGUUUAGACAGCAUGGAUGAGGGCGAGGUGUCUCCGUCCUGCACCAAGCCCAGUUGGAGUGCCGCCUCUCUGAAGCGCAUGGCGUGGGCGCACAGCCGAGACUCCUGGCAGGCGCCAGGGUCUGUGGACCAGGCCACGGAAACGCAGCUGCCUUCUCCGGCUGCUGACGACAAAGCCAGCCCCGCCACAGAAGCAGGACCUAUACCUACCAAAAUAGCCAAGUGGUUAAAAGGCUGCAGGACUCCUCUUGGAGCUUCUCUGGAUGAACAGUCCAGCAGUCUGUCCAAAGGACCACCAAGGAAUGGCUGCAGCUUUGAAGAUGACCUGUCCCUGGGUGCAGAGGCCAAUCAUCUCCAGAGAAGCAGCGCAAAACCAGAGAAGCCCAGCGUUCCCGCGCGGGAGAAGAGGAGUCAGUUCCGACAGAAGGGACGCAGUAUGAACUCCACGGGCUCGGGGAAGAGCAGCGGCACUGUGUCCAGCGUUUCAGAGUUGUUGGACCUGUAUGAGGAAGACCCAGAAGAGAUCCUUUAUAACCUCGGCUUUGGGCACGAGGAGCCUGAUAUCGCCUCCAAGAUCCCCUCGCGCUUCUUCAGAUCCUCGUCUGAUGCCAAGGGCAUUGACAUCAAGGUCUACCUAGGAGCCCAGUUGCAGCGUAUGGAACUGGAGAACCCCAACUUUGCCCUCACCAGUCGGUUCCGUCAGACAGAGGUUUUGGCCUCGGUAGCCAACGUCUUCACCGAGAUCUACUCUCACGUGUCCGGCCACCCGCUCCAGAGGAUCGGCUCGCAGGACGGCGACCUGAAAAAGAACACCUCCGCGCUCAAUGCCGUCAAGAUCCUGAAGAAGACCCUGACCCGCCCCAACCUCCUGGCGGCAGCAGACGGGAGCCCGACUCCAUCCCCCACGGCCUCCGACCCUGACGAGGUGGAGGGCAGAGGUCAGGCCCCUGAACCCGAGAGCAAAUCGCAGGCGAAGGGCUUCAAGAAGAAGGACUCCUCGCCGCUAAGCACCGUGGCAGAGGAGGCAAACCAGGGUGGAGCGGGAGGCGAGCAGGAGGAUUCCAGGAGCGCCUCCGUCCAGAACCCGCCACCUCCCGACGGAGAACGGCCGUCUCCGAGCACCUCCGUACAGAACCCGCCGCUUAGCGAUGUAGAGGGGCUGUCCUCGAGUGCUUCAGAAGAGUCGGCUGUGGUGUCUCCGGGCAGUCCUCUCGUCCCCGUCCUGGUGAGCGUUAGCGAGGCCCCGAACAUGAUGGCGGCCCCGGAGCAGAGGGCCAGGCUGAGGGCGGAGCAGCACAAGGCCGUGCCCUCGUCCCUCCUGUCUGUCCGGCUCAGCCAGCCGCGUGAUUCCUUCGAGAUGGAGGAGCUGCAGAGCACCGAGGACGAGGUCCCUGGAACCGGCAGCCUGUCCCAACUGGGCCGGGAGCACAUGCUGAGGACGACUAGUCAACAGUCAGACAGCAGUGGGUUUGCAGAGGAACCAUCAACAGACAUCUUUGCUAAUUAUCUGAAGGUCCAGGAGAGCACAGACAGCUGCGACAGUGAGACGACGGUGACAGGCGCUGCUGGUGGGCUCUCCUCGCCCCUGGUCCUGGACCACCCAGCGUACGAGACCCUGCAGGAGGAGCUCCCGCAGCCCAGCACGGGCCGCUGCGGCCUGGCCAGAGUUCACGAGGAGGCAGCUCAGUGCGUCGACCAAGUGGUGCCUGCUUCCGGGUCCGCCGGAGACUUGGUGCCCCCUGCAGUCGCGAGCUGGGACUUGCCAGACAUGCUCGGUUCUGCGUCCGAGACGAAUCCGUCGUCGCCGUCCAGUUCCUCCACGACGCUGGGCCCAGUGGCGGAGUGUGAUUCCGCCAUGGAACAAAGCCCCUCACCGGAGCGGGGCUCCGAUCAUGGUGUGGCGUCUGAGUUGGGUGGAGAGCUGUCUCUCAGCGCCUCAGACAGGCUCCAGGGCGCCCUGCUCCGCGCCCAGCAGAGGGCACCCUCGGCGUGCGAGGAGCGGACCGGCCGGCUGUGGUUCCGGACGCGAGACCUACUGCGAGACGCGGAGGCACAUGAGAGAUACCCGCUCCAGAGGUCCAGCUCCCUCCCCAACUCGUGGGUCAGCCUGAACCGGGUGGUGUCGUCCGUGCACAUCCGCCUGGGUCAGGGUGUGGUCAGACAUUACCCUCACACGUACAAGUACCGCUACGAAGAGAAAGAGGAGGCGGACGGCUCCGUCGCUAAGGGAGACGAAGAUGAGCCGCAGCCAAGAUGCAGGUCCACGCUCCUCAUCAACCCCACACCGGACAGAAACGCAUUUGCCCAGCCCCCGGAGACGCAGACUGACGGAGGCAGUGCUGUGCCCCCCUACCCCUUAAACGUCCCCCAGCAGCUGACGCGGUCAGCCAGCUCUCUCUACAGCGCCCCCGCUGACUGGUCGGGGGGCCGUCUGGCCGAAGCCCCCUUGUGGAGCACCUGCAGCGUUCCUGAUCUGAGCCAGCCUACGUCGAGGCCACACCCUCUCCUCCCUCAAUCUGCCCACCACCACUCCGCCAAUUAUAUCGGCGAGGUCGGCAACGCUCCCGCCCACAGAGGAGUUAAAGCCCCCCGUUACGGCCACACCCCAGGCCCUGUCGACGACCCUUAUACCCACACACACACCGCCCCAUGCACUCUGCCCCAGAACCCGCCGUUCCCCCAUAUACUACACACAGCCCCUCAGGGCGUGCCUUACUCCCAGACACACUUGCCUUAUUCCCACCCACUCAGUGUACCCUACAGCGGCUUAGCCCCGCCCCAUUCUCUCCCUCAGAACGCCCCCUAUGGCUUCAACAUGCAGAGUGGUCCAUACCACCCUCAAAUGCCUGUCGCUUACUCCCACACCGCCCCCUAUCCUCACUACCCAAUCACGAUGUACGGGCACCAGUAUCAUGCCCCCUUUGACCGUCCCUCCUCCCUGUUGCCUCCCUCCAUGACUCCCACCCCUGCGAUGGGCAGCACGGAAAUGCAGCUCCGGCGAGUCCUGCAUGACAUCCGAGACACCGUGCAGAGCCUCGGCCAGAGUCCCACAAUGCCGCGGGGCAGCAGGAGUUCAGCCCCGCAGAGCCCCCAGCAACCCUACGAGGAACUGCAGAUGCGUCGCCAGAGUCUGAACGUGUUCAGGACUCAGAUGAUGGAGCUGGAGCUGACACUGAUGAGACAACAGGCCAUGGUCUACCAGCACCUCAGCCCUGAAGAGAGGCGGGAGGCGGAGCAGCUCCAGAGGCUGCGUGCUGCGGUGCGGCAGGAGCUCCAGGAGUUGGAACUGCAGCUGGAAGACCGAUUCCUCAGCAUCAAGGACCAGUUGUUCUCCGCCCAACACAGCCGUCUCUGCCGCCACCCACUGAGUAUGACCAGGGGCCACAGCAUAGACAGUCUAUCCAGUUCCUCUGCUCUCAGGGCCAUGGAACCAGUAUGUGAUCUCCUACAGGAGCAGCUGUCUCUUCAGUCCCAGCUGAUUUAUGAUGCCCCCAUCAGUGCUGUUGGCUCUCCCAUCUCCGGCCGCUCGUCCAGGGCUCCCAGCCCACCGACAGCCAGCCGGCCCCCCACCUGCUGCUCUCCUUCCCCGGCGAGAGGAGGCAUGUACCGCUCAAGUAUCAGCCUCACCCCUGUCGUCCCUCCGCGCCCUGGAGCGGAGACCCACGAGCACGCACCAACAGACAGCCCAGGUCCGGACACAAGCCAGGGGACCGGGGAACUGCGCCUCCCCCAGGAGCCAAGAGGAGGUGGCACGGCAGGAGGUGGAAAUGCUCAUCUGCAGCAGAUCAUCGCAGAGAUCAAGCAGAACCUUGCUGAGGAGAUCAGGCAGGAGAUUUUGAAUGAGCUGUUGGCUGCCGUGUCGCCACGGCGAUCUCCUGUACCAGCAAGGGAGCCUCCGGCGUGACCUGGACCGUGAGCAGUGCGGUCUGUCGUUAUUUUGAGUGAGUGGUGGUCUUGCCUAUGCAGCCCAAGACAAGAAGCCAUGACACUGAAGUCUGAGUGAACACCGGUGAAGCCGUGCACUGCAGUCAGCUCAACAGCGCCCCUUGACUCCAUCAGACACUACUGCAGCAAUACUUGCUGCACCCACUCUUGUUCAGCCCGGCACUGCAGUGAGGACAUCAGACCUGACAUCAGUGCUGACCAGGUGUGUCCGCGGAGCUGAACCGGACUCCAUCUGCCAAGCAAACAUCCACCUUCUCCAUCUAGCCCAGUUCUUGGGCUUGUACCCACUACUCCAGUGGCAACAGUGGAUACACCUGCUCCACCCACUACGGGACACACCUGCCCAUCCGGAUACUACUGCCCUGCACCUUCUGUGAUGAGCUUGACUAGAAUAGGCUGCGUCCACCCACCUGCUCUGCCCGACUUCACCUUUUCUCAGUAUCACAGUUUUUGCGUCCUCUUAACAGUUCCAGAAUGACAUUCGGUCCUGCUCCAGGGAAAACUCUUUCCCUGAUCCCAGUUUUCCUGUUCUUAGCACAGGAAUCCCGCACGUUUCUAUGGUACCUUCCUGCCUCGAUGAAAGUUUCCUCCUGUAAUUUCUUGGCUGUAUUUAAGUUGAGUGUCUGUUUGUGUGUUUGGUACGGUGAAUGUGGCCACGCUUGAUUGCGUUGUGGGUGAGGGUGAAAAUGUGUAUGUCUGUGUGUGUCGGGGGUGUAUCCAUAUUGUGUGGGUGUGUCUGUAUGUCACUUUGGGUGCGUGUGGGUGUGUACAAAUAUUCGUGUGUCCUGGCCUGUGCGUAAGCGUGUGUAUUUGUGUGGAUACACGUGUGUGAAAAUCGUCUACUGUAAUCUGUCUUCUAACGCAGCCUCUGUGAGGUACUAACCGUGCAAUACGUUUCACGUUUUCAACUUGAACAGAUCAGUCACAACUGCUGUUUAUACGACUGCCACUUUAUAGAGGGAGAAAAAACUAAAAAAAAUGACAGAUGCCGUUAGAUGUUGUCAAGAGACCUUUACAAAUGCUAUGAGCUCGCCCUGCUCCUGGCUGAGUGACUAGUUCUCUUCUCUCCCCCGUCCUGUAAGAUUGGGCCCUCUCGCUCUCGUUAUUAUUAUUAAAGCAAAACACCCACAACUUGGUCAAGAUUCUAGCAUUUUGAAUCUAAAGAGAACACCUUCCUAAGUCGAGUGUGUUGUGUUUUGUGAAUAGUGUUUGAGGUGUGACGUCCGAACCAGGCUUGUACAGCUUCCUUCUCUGGGGCCUUAAUGAGUUGUAAUACUAAUUGAUUCACAUGACUACAUUUUUAGGGGACAUAAUAACUUCUCAUAUGGAUUGCAUGAGGGAUUUUUCUCUGAUUAAAAAUUUGUCCUUAAUAAAGAUUUAUUUAUUUUGAAUACA